AUGGAUGAGCACGACCAAGAUGACGUUGGGCAGGGUCCCUCCAGUAACGACUCCUUUGCUCAGUUCUCGUUUGCUCCCGCGACUCGGACCACGGUGGUGACUACCACCACCACCACAACAACGUCUUUCCCACCUCUUAUCAUCAAACCUCCGCACGCCACAAAGGAUCUGGACGCGAGACUAUAUCCCCUUGCCUCUACGCCAACCCCAGCAAUUUUGAGAAAUCUUCGGUUCAGCCUUGGGGACCAGUCGAUCGUUUUCAACGAGCCGAACGAUACUACGGCGGCUUUCACUGAGCUGACUGAGAAGAACGAUGCUCUCAAGUCUUCAACAAACGGUUUGAUCCGCUCUGUGAACUCGUUUACAACCGAAGAUGAUCGGGCUGCCCGACGACUGGUGGCCCCACGAUCAGUCGCUCGGAUCAAUCAACCCAAUCCUCAGCACCGACCUGUCUCCCCUGUGUCUAUUCUGGAUCCUCGCCCAACCAUUCUUCCUCGGACACGUGCAGUUCGGGUGCCAUCCGAGCCUGCAGCACGGCGCACCCGUCAUUAUGCAUCGACAUCCACCCAUCUUUCCCCUGCCGGCUUAGUCACUCCAGAAACUGAACAUAACAUCGGGAGUUUGGGUGAAGGUCAAGCCUCGAGACAGCGGGUUUAUAGUGCGAAUUUCCCUCGUAGGGAAACCCUGUUGCGGUCACCGCUGUCCGCCGAGGUCGGUCCUUCAGACGCUGGUGCUCAGAAGCUUUUGGAAGACCUGGCUCAAAAUCGGGAGCUGCAAAUCGCCAAGCCAGACGCAACUACGGCAAUCACAUCGGACCCGAGCUCCUUCAGCCAGACCGUAUCAUUUGCUUCUACCGAAAGUUCGUCGCAGCGGAGGCCUGACCUGACUGCUCAACUCUCGGCUAUUGACAAUGCUAUGGCGCAAGAUAUGUGCCUGCCCAGCCCCAGCCUAUCCCCCGUUGCCGCCAUGAAUGCGCUGCACGGCGAGUCCUCUUUCGACUCUGAGGGACCGGAUGUUGACACGGACUCCAGCUUGGAUCACAGUGUUCCACGCUACUCGAAAGCUGUGCGCCUUCUUGAUACGGAAGCCUCUCGGGCCAAGAGCCUCGCGGCUACUCAUACGUCACGGUCUCCACCAUCUUUGAUGGAUAUGCCCAAGGUGCUCGAGUUCUUUGACGCUGUGCCAGACGAGCUGAAAAGCUAUCUCAUGUACCAGUUCCUGAGACGGUGCCCAAAACCCACCCUGCAUUUCGUGGCCGAUGUCGUGAACCCGACGUUGAAGUGUGAUUUCCUGACCAUGCUCCCUCUUGAACUCAGCUUGAAUAUCGUCAAAUAUUUCGACGUUCAAACCAUGUGUCGCGCGUCACAGGUCUCGAAGAAGUGGCGACACAUUGUCAGUUCCGAUGAGAAGACGUGGAAGGACCUGCUUGAUCGCGAUGGUUAUGCCCUAUCCGAAGGCGAGCUGGAGCGAGCUAUCCGAGAGGGUUGGGGCUGGCAGUGCAGCACCACUGAGGAUUUCGAGAGAGACCUCAGCAAAUCGUUCUCCCGAGCUGACAACGAGUCUUCUCCCGUUGCCUCCUCUUCUCACGCUCACGAGAGAGCGCCUCUGGCGUCUUUAACCCCGAAUAGACGCCCCAAGCGAAAGGCUAACACCCGUGCUUCGAGCCGCAAGCUCGCCAAGCGCAAGAUCUCUUCCAGUGGCACCGACCACUCGGAGCCAGAUUGGAAGAGGGACAUUGCUGCAUCAGAGGCUCCAUAUGCCGCUGCCAACGCUGCCGCUGCAGCUGUUCCUUAUCCUGAUGUCGGUAUGCCUACCCUCCGUGGACUCUACCUCUAUAAGGCUCUCUAUCGCCGGCAUCAUGCCAUUCGUCGAGGCUGGAUGAAGCCUGAUAUCAAGCCUCAGCACAUCGCUUUCCGUGCCCAUGACCGCCACGUCGUCACUUGCCUGCAGUUUGACACGGACAAGAUUUUGACUGGAAGCGACGACACUAAUAUUAAUGUUUAUGACACCAAGACUGGUGCUCUGAAAGCCACGCUGGAGGGCCAUGAAGGUGGUGUCUGGGCCCUAGAAUAUCACGGAAACACGCUGGUUUCCGGCUCUACCGAUCGAUCCGUUCGUGUGUGGGACAUUGAGCGUGCUAGAUGUACACAGGUCUUCAACGGACAUACGUCUACCGUGCGCUGCUUGCAGAUCGUCUUGCCCACUGAGGUGGGUAAAGAUGCCAACGGUCGUCCAGAGAUCAUGCCCAAAGUCCCUCUCAUCAUCACUGGAUCUCGUGAUUCGAACCUGCGCGUGUGGAAGCUUCCGAAACCGGGCGAUCCCUCGUAUUACCCCAACGGACCUCUAGCGGAUGAUACUGAUUGUCCCUACUUUGUGCGUGUCUUGUCGGGCCAUUCCCACUCUGUCCGUGCAAUUGCAGCCCACGGCGACACCCUCGUGAGUGGAAGUUACGACUGCACAGUUAGAGUUUGGAAGAUCUCUACCGGCCAGGUUCUUCACACGCUCCAGGGCCAUUCCUUGAAGGUUUACAGCGUUGUGUUGGACCACAAACGUAACCGAUGCAUCAGUGGCGCUAUGGACCACAUGGUCAAGGUCUGGUCGCUGGAUGACGGAUCGCUGCUACACAACCUCGAAGGUCAUACCUCCCUAGUUGGUCUACUUUCUUUGCAGAGCGACUACCUGGUCUCGGCCGCGGCAGAUUCCACCCUCCGUAUUUGGGAUCCCGAGCACGGCCACUGCAAGAACAUGUUAAGCGCGCACACUGGUGCUAUCACCUGCUUCCAGCACGAUGGACAGAAGGUUAUCUCCGGAUCGGAUCGAACACUGAAGAUGUGGGAUGUCAGCACCGGUGCCUGUGUUCGAGACCUUCUCACUGAUUUAAGUGGCGUGUGGCAAGUGAAGUUCAAUGACCGACGAUGUGUUGCCGCGGUGCAGCGCGACAGUCUGACCUAUAUUGAGGUCCUUGAUUUCGGCGCUGCGCGGGAUGGUGUCCCUGAAAACAAACUCGGCAAGCGCAUUGUGGUCAACCGUCGCGGACGAGAGAUUGCCACCAGCAACGUCGAUUCCGACUCGGACUCGGAUUAA